AACGCGGCGGAACUUUUUGAUAGCAGUUUGGUGCCACCUGAUAUUACCAGAUAUCGGACCAGAUUGGUUUGGACAUCGCUGGAAGCAGCAACGCACGACACUGAUUGCGGCAAUGAGUGUCUCUGCGGUAUUUGCGCUACUCGCGGCCUCCCUGGCAAUUUUGGCCGGAGGAGCCAAGGCAGAGAUGCAGGUCAUCUUUGAACCAGCUCUAGUCAAACAGCUCAAGGACAAUGGUACGAAAACAGUCACAGUCUGGGCCAACGAGUCCUUUUCCUUUGUCUCCGUGUUUGCCGCCUCGACCCAUCCAGACGUGGCCGAAGUUUCUUUGGAGUCUCUCAAUUUUGAACUUGUCAACGGAAACCACUCCAAGUACAAAGCCAAUUUCACCGUGAGUGGAAAAUUCGUUGGCUACACGGACGUGAUCCUGAAAACCUUCAAAGAAGGAACAAACGUUUUGGUCGACGAAAGUCCGGCACUUUUCGUUUCAGUGAUCCGCGCCAGCGACGGAAGUGAUGCAGUUUUCAUUGGCACCAUUUCUGUCAUGAUGUUUUUCAUGUACAUUAACUUCGGAUGUGCAUUAAAUAUGCCGCUUGUCUUAAAAAAUCUGAAAAAGCCCAUUGGAAUCACCAUUGGACUUGUUUCCCAAUUCGUUUUCAUGCCAGUUAUGAGCUUUUUCAUCGCCAGAUAUGUGUUCUAUGAUAAUCCAGCUCUGCAGCUUGGCCUAUUUUUCAUCGGCAGCUCUCCCGGUGGAGCGGCCAGUAAUAUGUGGACUUUAGUCCUUGGCGGGAAUCUCGACCUUUCCGUGACAAUGACCGCAGUUAGCACGUUCGCCAGCUUCUUAACAAUCCCCUUUUGGGUGUUCACAUUGGGUCGCUUAAUUUUUGAAAACGCAAAUAUCGCCGUGCCUUACAAAGAGAUCGCAUUCACUGCCCUGAGCUUAUUUAUUCCGCUGCUGAUUGGCAUCUUCAUUCAGUACAAGCUGCCAAAGGUUACAACGUUUUUGAACAAAGUUCUAAAACCUUUUGCUGCAAUUUGCUUGAUAUUCAUCAUUUUCGCGACUUGUUACAACGUUUUUCUGUUCAAAUUCGUCACUUGGAAGCUUUUAUUUGGCGCAUCUUCCAAUCCUAUUUUGGGCUACAUUUUUGGCGCUGGAUUGGCAAGAAUAUUUCGGCAGAGUGGCCCAGACAUUCUCGCUAUCUCAAUUGAGACGGGCAUUCAAAACGGAGCAAUUGCUAUGAUCUUACUGAAGGUUGCCCUGGAGCCUCCAGAGAGUGACAUUUCAGCAGUCGUCAUUGUGACGAUAUUUGUUGCGACACAACUCCCAUUGGCCAUAUUGUUGGCAUUCUUCAAGAUUCGCGACUGUGUGCGGGCCAAGAAGAAGAUUAAUAUCGACCUUAAUGAGACGGAAAUUCCAUUGAAGCAACCAGUACCUGAAUUUAAGCAAUAAAUUUUACAAUGUAAAUGUUCCAAUUGGUCAAAAUUAUGAUUAUUUAUUCUCUUUUAUAUUUCAAAGCUAUAAAAAAAGUUUUUUUUAAAUCCAAUUUUUUUUUAUGAAAUGUGAUUAUCCAUACACUUAAAAAAUGCUGCAACUUUUAAAAUAGUCCAAAUUAUUAGAUAUUGAAUGCUAACAACGCCUGCAAAAGAGAACAUAUGCAACCCGCACACUUUAACGGAGAAUUAAAAAUCAAUAAUUAUUCUCCUCUCUUCAUUGACGUCAGUAUUAAUCAUGUAAGACAGGAUAAUUUUUAUUUUUCCCCCACAUUAAAUUAAUUUAUAAUUUCAAUCUCUUUACAUCAAAUUUUGUUUGUGUUUACUGAACACAAAGAAUGUUUAUUUAGAUUUAACUAAAAGUUUAUUAUCCAUCACAAAUAUUUUUGUAGCAUUCGUCGAGAACUUCGCAAAACGCCCUGCUUUCAGUGUUGCAAUCGACAUCCUUCCAAACCAUCUUUCCUUUAUCUAGACUGGAAUUAUAAUUUUUUUUUAUAAAUAUUCCAAUUUUCAUAUUAAUAAUUUAAGAUAUAAUAAAAAAAGCACUUACGCCACCUGAAUGCAUUUUCCUGCCCCACUUGGUUUCCCACCGACCCAAUUAGUAAACCCAAUUUUGUCGCCCGUCUCCAUCCAGGUCAGUUCAUCUCCCAAACUGGAACCUGAAGUCCAAAAGUUGUCUUUGGCCAUGGCAGCAGCGGCUAAAGAGUUCAUUGAAAAUUAUUUAAUUAUAUUAAUAAUUGGAAAGUUGGAAAAACCUUUAUUCUCUGUCAAAAAUUUUGCCAACGCAUUAUUUGUUUUUUCAUCAACAAUGCUCGCAAGCUGAAAACCAGUGAUGCUCCGACAGGCUUUCAUAGCCCCGUGCCAAUUCAGCUUUUAUUAAAAAAAUGUAUAAUAUAUUUAUAAAUAUUUAACUUUUUGCUGUAAAAAUAUUAAAAGUCUACUUUUGAAGUGGUCGUCAUGU